GACUUUCCGUGGAGACAGACGUGAGAGGCCUGUUUAAUGAUAUUACCGGUCGUAAAAAUUCAUCGUUUGACAUACUCAGAGCCGGUUAGACCGCUAAGACGCGGUGCAACCUGGUCAUUUGCAGACAGUUGCUUGGUGGGUAAGGUUGUGCCCUCGGAUUCGGAAGCUUAUUCGCAAACCCCGAGUGCAAAAUCAAGUGUGAGACGUGAUGGCAGCCAUCAGAGCGAUCGUCGUUCUCCUCGCCAUCGGCGUCUGUGAAUCAGCGACAAUUAGCACCAAUCAGUUGAAAGUGUUCGAGAACUUGUACAAGAGCGUCUACUACAACCCGGAGACCAAGCAACCGCUCAAGUGUGAGGUCGAGGAUGCCAGUCGGCUUCCAGACACCAGAAUCGGUUUCCGGGGAAUGCCAUGUGCCUGCGACGGGUAUUCGUGCGGCUGCUGUGCUGGUAUCAACAUCACGAGAUUAGGAUUGGACCAGAAGGCUUGCACCAACUUGACCUAUGACCCUCGUGAAUUUGCGAUCAAGAUGCAGGUCACAAUGAACGACAUGACCAUCUACACGAACCAGCUCUCGGCCAGGAACCCACCCCCGGCUUGCUUCUCGCUUCCGUACAUCCCCGAGCAGUUGCUUCAGAUGUGUGCUCGAUUUCACGACAUUCACAUGCCUGAUUCCGGCAGUCUUCAGGCCUGCAUGGACUUCGAGACGAGGGUCGUGCAAUCCCCGAUCAUGGUUCUCCACUUCGAUUGCAUGCGGAUCAACAAUCAAGGUAUCACUUGGAUAAAACCUGAUGAAAUCGAAGACUCGGUAAUAGACGUUGAAACGUCAGGAAUUCCUGGAUCGGAAGUCUACGACGAAGUGAACUUCGAGACCGCCGAUUCACAUGGGGUCACCGUUCUCACCACGACGACGCUCAGUCCAGAGGAUGAGCAGGAAAUAGGCCAGCUGAAACUGUGAAUUACGUAAAAUUGUAUAAUUCUGUGCCUAAUGAUCCACCGAUCUGAAGUGUAAUCGCUGUUUAUG